AUGGUGGGUACACAGACUCCAAGAGGCAAAGGCUCAUGGGUACACAGACUCCAAGAGGCAAAGGCUCAUGGGUACACAGACUCCAAGAGGCAAAGGCUCAUGGGUACACAGACUCCAAGAGGCAAAGGCUCAUGGGUACACAGACUCCAAGAGGCAAAGGCUCAUGGGUACACAGACUCCAAGAGGCAAAGGUACACAGACAUGAGGCAAAGGCUACACAGACUCCAAGAGGCAAAGGCUCAUGGGUACACAGACUCCAAGAGGCAAAGGCUCAUGGGUACACAGACUCCAAGAGGCAAAGGCUCAUGGGUACACAGACUCCAAGAGGCAAAGGCUCAUGGGUACACAGACUCCACAAAGGCUCAUGGGUAA